AUGGCUACGAUUCGGCAGUCGAUGCCGCCUCCGGUUCGCUUGGUGCAGGUCGGGAACGCCGCGAUCCGUCGGCGGACGAGCCGCUUCCCGCCUUGCACCAACUGAAUCGGAGGCGGAAAGCGACGACGUUCUCCUUCUUCCGCGGCUCCCGUUCGCGGGAUCUCCACGCCGCGAGGUCGGAUCGAGUCUCCUCGUUGACGUUAGAAUACUCAUCGUCUUUUCUUAUUCUGAUCGAUGCGGUUUUGUAGGCUCUGAUGAUGGUUUCCUCCCCUCUCUUCGGGUAUGCCUCCGGAGAAUUACUUGUGUAGCUGACGAUAUUUCAAGCAAAGGCUGAGGGAGAGGGAUGACAAGGGUUGUGCCCUGCUUCACAUUGGUGCCAGUAAGGGUGACCUGCAAGGUGUUGGUGUUUUUAUAUCUUCUCUCAUUUAUUAGCUUUAAAUUUCAAGUUGUCAACAAAAAAUGCUUAUCUGUCUAGAGUUAUUGCGUUAUUAUUAGACUGGUACUUUGCUGUCUGCCUAAAUAAUUCAGUCCACUUAUUUAGUAUGUUAAAGAGUUAUUGUGUUAUUAGAAGUUUAAUUUGCCUUUUUGUGACUUGGAAGAAAUGCAUGCUCAUCUGCACAUUAGAGGAAAAGCCUAAGAUUCUACUGUAAAAUGGAAAAAUUAGUUUAGAUUGAUAUAGUUGAUAAAUGGGAUUAUAACAGAGUUAAUUAUCUUUGACACUGGAUUAUUUUCUUUUGCACAGAAGUAUAGGCCAUCCACUGAAUUCUUAAUCCAUAUUUAAUCGUCUAAUUGGUUCAAGCAAAUUAAACGUGAGCUAGAACAAUCUCACCACUGAAGAGUUGAAAAUGAAAAAAAAGUUAUUUUCUUUGUUCCUUUACCUUCACCUUAUUUUGUCAUUACUUGAUCAGGUUUGGUCGACUUGAUGCAUCAUUGUUCCAAAAUUGCUCUCAUUGAAGCACCAAGAAUCAUGCACAAUCUGGAUGAUACAUGUGCUCCAGUGUACCAAUUUCUAUCAGUGUGAUAUAAAAUGUCAACUUUUCCUGCCCUGACACCUGAGAGCCGUAAUGUGAUGUGUGUGUUUUUAUUUUAGUAAAUUACAUAUUUUGGUUUGCGAAAAAUUGCAAAUUUUACCUCCCUAGUGGGAAGUAUGUAGAAAUCACUCUGUAUGCUUAAGGAAUUUGAAUUUUAGAGGUUAUCUUCCUUUCACAGAUUUAGACUUUUGGUUUACAUCUUCCAUUUAGCCAUUCCAUAGUAUUAGAAGAAGUGUACCCUUAUCAAAUGGCAGAAAUAACCAAUAUAUUGUUGACAUCUUAGACAGUGCAAAAAGUUUUAUUCUGUGCAUACACUUUUGAUAUUCAUGUUUUAUUUAUUUAUUUUUAAGUGUACCGCUUAUGCUACUUAUGAUCAGAUUGGUGCACCAUCAAUAAUGUGUUUUAAUUAGGCUCAGUAUGCCCUAUUUACUAGAGCUAUAAUUCAAAUUGCCAUCAUUGAGUAUACCCAGUAAUGUGUGAUGCUCCUUCAUAUGCCUGCACAAUGAUGGCACAUCAGUGUAACGGUUGUUACUUGAGGGUGGUGCAAAUGCUAAUGCUAGAACGAAGGGGGCAUGUGGCUAUAAGUUUUACUUGUUUAUGAUGAUUGCUUCUUGACAAAUUUUUUUGUUAUGUAUUACAAUAAUCUUUAAUGGAAUUUGAUUUGAUGAUCAUGUAAUUGCUAUGUAUAGGUUUUGAGGAGGAUGUCAAGCCUUAAGUGGAAGAGAUUAUGAUAUUAAGUUAAACUUAAAGCAUUGUAGGUCAGUGGAGGCUUACAAAUAAUUAUCUCAUUGGACAGGGACAUAACAAUGCCAUAAUAUCUUUUUUAAUCAUUCAUUUUUUUCAUGGAUGUGUGAUAAUAUAUCGAAGAACUAGUAAACCAGAUUUUGCAAAGCUCAUUAGUUUCACUUAGACUGCUGGGGAUGACUACUAAAGCAAGAACACUAACAGUGUGAUGCUUACUAUCGGAGUUAUCUUGCCUUAAAAACCAAGCACAUUUGCUGUCUUUUUCAUGGAUGUGUGUGGCAGGAUCACAGGUAGACUAAGAAGCUUUGAUAGCAAUAAUCUUCUGCUUGGUUUUCAACAUUUUCUUCUUGUAGAAGAGUUGGCUCCUAUAGUUUCCUUUCUUUCUUCUUUGGCUGGCAUGUUUUAUACAAUAUUGAUUAAGAUAAAUAGACUGCAAUAUGAAUAUUUCUCUGUUUGGAUGACACAGUAGUAACAUUACAAAAGGUUGUACUCUGCAGAACAUGACUGAUUAUAGGAUGAUUGUUUGGUUUCUUCUUGAUUAAUUUGUUUUGUGAUCAACAAUUUGUUCUUUUCCUUGUGCAGUCCUCAAUGUGUUUUUCUCCCCUUCUAUCUUUUGCCACAAUUCUUUCGCCUCCUUGUCUUCCAUUAUAUUUGAAGAUAAUCAUUGUCAUCAAUGUCACAAGCGAACUAUUUAUGUCAUUCCAAAUUUUAUCAUGUCUUCUAAGUGAGUAAAAUGUAACAUAUAAUGUUUUGAGUUCGUUUUUGAUAAGUUAAUCUUGUACAACCAAGAAAAAUCAUAUGAUAAGAAUUUGAAUCCUCACUUUUGAUGUAAAAUGAGGUUUCAAAUCCUCAACUUUUGAUGAGGGAGUUUGAUGGAUCAUCGAUAGGCUAACCAAAUAGUAAAUUUUAAUUCUUUAUCACACUCGAUGAUAUAGAUGAGUGAUCUAUGUCUUCGCUUUGACCCUAAAAUCUAUCUUAAUAAUUCAAUUAUUUACUUGAUAAUCUUUCCCAAAUGUGAUUUAUCCAAACUGAUCAAUUCUUAUUUAUCAUUAUAUAUAUAUUUUAUUAAAAUUGAUCUAUCAAUCAGUCAAUUGAUCUAUCAAUCUUCUGUAGAGCAGACUACAGGAAAAUAUCUCCAAGAACAGAACAUAUAUUCUUUACUCCCCAUUAAUAUUUUACUGAAGUUUUGUCUUCCAUUUUGUAUACCCUAAGUGCCCCUCUCCAAUUAACCUUUCUCCACCACAGAAGCUCCCCGCGGUCCCGUCCAGUUCUCGCGCUCGUCAAUUCGACCAACCUUGCCUUCCCUCCCACCUCUCUUCCGCCUCCUUUAAGCCCGUAGUUUGAUGUCGAACACCUGCAACUAGAGGCCCUGAGACCUUGCCGGCUCUCCUUCGAUGAGGCCCCACGCCGCCCGCCUCGGCUUCUGGUUCGCCCGCAGGUCCCUCGGAUCGAAACUCCUCGAUGAAUCGACAACCGCCGCAGCGUUGGACGGCGCAUCGGCCCGGUUCGCUUCCUGGGCUUGCAGCUCGUCUCGGAGUGUCGUAAACGAAAAUUGCGAAGCAGCGAAUCUUACGAAGGGGAUUAUUAAUGGAGCGUUUCAGUGGCACUUUGUCCCGAGCAGGUCGUUUCAUGGUACACGGUCAGUGUCUGCAAAGGAUUACUAUGAUGUACUUGGUGUGAAUAAGAAUGCAAGCGCUUCUGAUAUCAAAAAAGCCUACCAUGCGCUUGCUAAGAGGCUCCAUCCUGACACAAACAAAGAUGAUGCUGGUGCAGAAAGAAAAUUCCAAGAAGUGCAACGCGCAUAUCAUGUUUUGAAGGAUGAGGAUAAACGAAGGUUAUAUAAUCAGAUGCAUUUGAACAAGUUGCAGCUGGAGGUGGUCCCGGUCCUAAUGGACCAUUUGGAGGAGCUGGGUUUGGGAAUCCAUUUGAAGAUAUAUUUGGUGGUGCUGGAGGAUUCAACGAUGUGCAUUUUUUCAGAAGUAUGUUCAGAGAGAGAAUUUGGAGGACAAGAUGUUGAGGUUUCUCUUGAAAUUUCAUUCAUGGAAGCAGUUCAAGGGUGUACCUAGAUUGUGACUUUCCAAACUGCUGUAACUUGUGAAUCAUGUGGUUGUGCUGGCAUCCCUCCUGGAACAAAGCCUGAAACCUGUAGAGCCUGCAGAGGUUCUGGAAUGACUUUCAUGCAAAAUGGCUCGUUCAGGCUGCAGUCAACAUGUUCACAAUGUGGUGGAUCAGGGAGGACUGUCAAAAGCCUAUGCAAGUCAUGCAGAGGACAGUGAGUUGUGAAAGGUGUGAAGUCAGUUAAGCUGGAUGUGGUACCUGAUGACAAUGAUGCUAUAUAAGUUUAUAGAAGUGGGGGUGCAGAUCCUGAUGGCAAUCAACCUGGUGAUCUUUAUGUUACUAUCAAGGUGAGGGAGGACCCUGUUUUCCGGAGAGAGAGAAGACAUUCAUGUUGAUGCUGUCUUAAGUGUCACUCAGGGACAAUGGGAGGCUUCAGGGAGGCUGACCUUUGCGGACGGACACGCAAGGGUGCCGCACGACCUAGGCAAAACCAGCUAAGUCCGUGAUAGUAGGUUAUGGCCUUCUUGUGAACCUUCCCAUUCUUGCGUUCUAUUUUUGACUUACAUCAAUCCUUCACCCAUUUUCUAGAUCAAUUAUUCUAAUCACCUUCACUAGGAUCAUAACACAGCUCUAUUUAGUUGGUACUAAUGUCUUUCACAUCAUACUUUGACUAUAUUGACAUAGAUAAAUAGGGGCAUAUGAAUAUGAUAAUAUGACUGAAUAUUUAAAUGGAACUAUAAAUCCAGUGUCAUGAGUAUAAAAGCAGGCCUUGGUCUUGUGCUAAAGUGUCUUAGCAUUGUGACAACUAGCUUUUGAAUGAUUGUCAGCUGGAGUUAUUCCUAUGGAGAGGCAAACGGUAAGGAAACAAUUGUUUGCUUAAGAUGGAUUUUAUUAAAUGUCAUAUUCUCAGGCAAUUUUAGGAGGGACAAUUCAAGUGCCAACUCUCACAGGAGACGUAGUUCUUAAGGAAUAAAGAUGAGGAACAGUUCCUACUAUGGGGACCAAUAUGUUCACUUUAAUGUAACCGUACCAGUCAAUUUAACACAGAGACAGCAGAUGUUAAUCGAGGAGUUUGCCAAAGAGGAACAACACGAACAUGAAAAAGGAUCCACAGCAGCUGCAGGAGCAUCAGGAUAAUAUUAUCCCACAGCUUCCACACAUGUUCAGGCUAAAACCACUUUGUUCUUCAAUGAAGAACAAUGGACCUUCUGCUUUAGGUCUGUAUAUAUAUAUAUAUAUAUAUAUAUAUAUAUAUAUAUAUAUAGUUUCAAUCAGUGUAUUUAUAGUUGGAGCUAAUAUAAUCAAAUCAUGGACAACAUGCCUAGCAGAGCUGGGAUUUUGUA